CUUUCUUUCUUUUUCUCUGCUUCGCCUUUUCCCCCCUUCCUUUCUCACUCUGUCCUCACUCCUUUCCCAUUUUCUUACACUGCUGCGGCAAUCUAAGCUCUCUGCUUUCCCCCCCUCAUUCUCCUUCGUCUUCUUCGUUUUUUCGUUGAUCGAUAACUCGAACAAGGGCAACCCACUAACACUCCCCUCUUUUUUUUUUUUGGUAAUUUAAGCUUCACAUUGUUCGCUGUCUUCCUACUUUUUCUCCGUAAGAUUCUCGAUAUGAACUAGGGUUUUACUCAUUUGGAAUCUCUGUGGCUGCUUCUACGUGUUCUCCUGGUUCCUUUUCCUGGAUCCAAGUGAUAAUGGGUAACAAUUUUCUGUUUCUGGGCACUCUCAUUCUGCUCCUCUCCGGGUUCGUAGCUCCUGCUCCUUCCUCUAAUUCACCGGCGAAGAUUAUCAAUGGUUUCAUCUCGAAUCACGGCUCGUCCCUUAUGAAAUGGCUAUGGUCCCUCAAGACCACCACCAAAACAGCCAUUUCCUCCAGGUCGAUGGUGAGAUACGAAAAUGGGUACACAGUGGAGACAGUGUUCGAUGGAAGCAAGCUCGGCGUCGAACCGUAUGCCGUCGAGGUCCUUCCAAACGGCGAGCUGGUCAUUCUGGAUUCUUCGAAUAGUAACAUUUACAAGAUAUCAUCUUCUCUCUCUCUGUAUAGCAGACCGAGACUGGUUACUGGCUCUCCUGAAGGAUAUUCGGGGCAUGUGGAUGGGAGAUUAAGAGAGGCGAGGCUGAACCAUCCUAAGGGCAUUACAGCAGAUGAUAGAGGAAAUAUAUAUGUGGCUGACACAAUGAAUAAUGCUAUCAGAAAGAUAAGUGAUGGAGUUGUUACAACCAUAGCCGGAGGGAAAACUGGUCGGGGAGGAAGCCAUGUGGAUGGUCCGAGCGAAGAUGCCAAAUUUUCCAAUGAUUUUGACGUUGUUUAUGUGGGAAGCAGUUGUUCGUUACUCGUCAUAGACCGAGGAAACAGAGCCAUCAGAGAAAUCCAACUCCAUUUCGAUGAUUGUGCCUAUCAGUAUGGAAGCGGGUUUCCUCUUGGGAUUGCUGUGCUCGUUGCUGCAGGUUUCUUUGGUUAUAUGCUGGCUCUGUUGCAACGUAGAGUUGGAUCUAUUAUGUCUUCUUAUAAUGAUCAAGAUAUCUUUGACCCAGCCCUGGAUCAAAAGCCACUGAAAUCAGCCAGACAGCCUCUGAUUCCUACAGAAGACAAUCAAGAGAAACAGGAGGAAAGCUUCUUUAUAUCGCUGGGCAAUCUCAUUUCUAAUGCUUGGGCCUCUUUCAUGGAGAUUUUAAGUGGAAUACUUCCGGGUCUCAGAAAGAAGCAGACAGUCAGAUUCCAGCUUCAUGAGACAAAGCAGUCUGCUGCUGCAAUCUCUUGGCCGGUUCAAGAGAGCUUUGUCAUACGAGAUGAAGAUGAGCCUCCUCCCGUUGAGCCCCGAAACCCGACACCCCGGAAAACCUAUGCCUUCAUGUCCAAAGAUGCCGAGAAAAUGCAACAGUUGCGUCAGAGUCAAGCCUUUUACAGCAGCUGGGGGGACACUGAAUUCCCUCAUCAGCAGCAACAGAAGCAUCAGCAGCAUCACCGUAGGCAUUACUCAUCUGUCCCUCAUACAUAUUAUGAGCAGAGCUCCGGGAAGAAUAAUGAGAUCGUCUUUGGGUCAGUUCAAGAGCAUGACUGCAAGCUGAACACUGCUGCUGCUGCUGCCAAGGCUGUGGAGUAUGGAGAUCCAAUGAGCAACUGUCAGAAUCUUAGGUCCAGAGCUCAGUGGGGAAAUUACCAGUACAUGUGAAAAAGAUUUGAGAUUAUUGCUGCUCCUUGAUGAGAUUAUGCUGGCAAUUCGGUGAUUUUGGAUAUAGGUACUUUCAUGCAUGGGGUUUAUAUGUGGGUAUAUGGUGAAUCUAGAUCUAUCUUGUAAGAAAGUUGCAAACUUUGUUUCUUGGAAUCAUAGUGAAUAUUCCUAAUGUCAA